AUGUCUAUUGUUGGUAGCACAUCCCUGAAAUGGGGACAAGUAUCCCGCAAACACCCGCGAUAUGCGGGCAUUUGCAUGCUCACCGUGUUGCCAACAAGUGGCUGUUCUAUGAUAGAUCAUAGAGCUCUCCAACUUGAAAUGCCUAUAGAUAUCCGACAAUUAAACCAUCCUUCUCACCAGUCUUCCUUUUCCUUGUAUCUACCUUGCUUGACAGGUACUGACCCUGACUCUACCAGUAUGACGCUACUGCUAUCUUUCAAACAACACUUCACGUACCAGCUCUUAGACUACCUAACCAUACAGAGCACCAUCCUUCUCCUACUUCUCGGCAUAUCAACCUACCAAGUUGUACACUUUCUGCGAGCAAGAAACAGACCACCACUCCCAACCAGUCCGCCUGGUGAGUUUCUUCUUGGACACUACCGGCUAGUCCCUGAAGAUGCCGCUUUCAAAAAGUAUGCAGAAUGGUCAAAAGAGUAUAACAGCGAUGUGCUCUUUUUUGAGACCUUUGGGACGAAGUGGAUAGUAUUGAACAGCUUGGAAUCGGCAACAGAGCUGCUUGAGAAGAGAGGAUCAAAUUAUGCGGAUCGUCCGCGAUUUGUGAUGUUUGAGGACUUUCAACUGAUGGAGCCAACACACAGAAUGGGCUGGUCCCCAACUCUCACAUGGCUUCGCUGGGGGCCAAAAUACCACCUUCACCGCAAAGUCUUACAGCCCCCUUUUGCCAAGUCCAAAGUAGGGCAGUAUCAAGACUACCAGCUACGAGAGGCACUGAUAUGCUGCAAAAGCAUGCUCGACGACCCGGAAAACUGGGUUAUAGCCGUUAGACGGUUCGCAGUGGCCAUCGUUUUGAAGAUAUCCUACGGGCUCAACGUCGAUAGCCCGGACAGCCAGUGGAUUAAACUGGCGGAAGAGUCAGCCGAAGCGAUAGGUAAAUCAGGGCCACCGGCAAGUUCGAUCAUGGAUCGAUUUCCUCUCACAAGAUACCUACCAACAUGGCUACCCUUCAUGGAACGCCUCCGCUACGCCCGAACCUGGCGCCACGCAAUAGAAGACAUCACCCGCCUCCCCUUCGAAGCAGCCAUGUCCUCGCCCACCUCCCCAACCAAAAGCUUUGUCCACCACCGCAUGGCCAUCCACAACUCCAAUCUCGAACGGUCUAUCCCAAACGACUUCACCAUCGAAGACAUCAAAGGCGCCGCCGCAACGAUAGUCAUAGCAGGCAACGACACGACCGCCGCCACAUUGAUGCUCCUGGUAUUAUACCUCCUCAAAAACCCUCACGUCCAAUCCCUCGCCCAUUCCGAAAUCUCCUCCCUCCCCCAUAAUCUCCCCACUUUCUCCUCCCUCCCCUCCCUCCCCUUCACCCACCUCCUACUCCAAGAAACCUACCGCCUAAACCCCCUCUCCCCCCUCGGAAUACCCCACUCCUCCAUCCAGCCGGACACCUACAAAGGAAUGUACAUCCCACCCAACACAAUCAUUUACCAAAACAUCUGGGCCAUGAACCACAACCCCUCCAUCUACUCCGACCCCGACGACUUCAUUCCCGAACGGUACCUCCCCGUUGACCAAGGCGGCCGAGGUGAGCCCCUGCCACAGGGAAAUUUCGGUUUUGGGAGGAGGGUCUGUAUAGGACGACAUCUGGCGGAGAAUAGUCUGAUGAUAGUUUUGGCCACGAUACUCGCGACGAUGGAGAUUGGCGAGCCGGAGACGGGGGAGGUGGGUGAGGAGUGGAGUUUUAGGGGGCAGGCGAUUGUAAUGCCGUUUAGGGCUUCGUUUAGGCCGAGGUCGGACAAGAUGAAAGAGUUGUUGGAUGAGGCUGUUAAAAAGUUGGAUGAAGAGGAGGGGGAAGAUCGUUAG